AUCUUCAAGAGAGGCUAGAGAGCAGUUCAGCUGCUGUGCACAGAUUUACACACAAAUGAAUCUCACUGUGAAAAACCACAGCAUUCCUCUCAGUGAUGGUAAUCAAAUUCCACUUCUGGGAUUGGGCACCUACGGAGACCCUCGCACGACACCGAAAGGCACUGCUCGUGAGUGUGUCAAGCUGGCCAUAGAUGUGGGUUAUCGGCACUUUGAUGGAGCGUUGGUGUAUUUCAAUGAGCAUGAAGUUGGCCAAGCCAUCAGAGAAAAGAUUGCCGACGGAACCGUCAGAAGAGAAGACAUCUUUUACUGUGGAAAGCUCUGGAAUACCUUCCAUCCACCCCAGCUAGUGAGACCAGCACUGGAGAGAACACUGAAAAACCUGAAACUGGACUAUGUGGAUCUUUACAUCGUGGAGCUUCCCAUGGCCUUUAAACCUGGAAAGGAGUUUUAUCCCAGAGAUAAGAACGGACAAUACAUUUAUCACCCCACAGACCUCUGUGCAACAUGGGAGGCCUUGGAGGCGUGCAAAGAUGCAGGGCUGGUUAAGUCUCUGGGAGUUUCCAACUUCAACCGCAGGCAGCUGGAGCUGCUGCUGACUAAACCAGGUCUCAAACACAAACCUGUUUCCAACCAGGUUGAAUGCCAUCCAUAUUUCACACAACCCAAACUCCUGGAGUUCUGCCGUCAGCAUGACAUUGUGGUUGUUGGUUACUGCCCACUUGGCUCCUCCAGGGAUUCUUCCUGGGUCAAUUUGAAGUCCCCCCCUCUGCUGGAAGAUGAGCUGCUGGUGAAUAUUGGUAAGAAGUAUAACAAAAGUACCGCUCAGGUGGCUCUACGCUUCAAUGUGCAAAGAGGAGUUGUGGUGAUUCCAAAGAGCUUCAACCCAGAGAGGAUCAAACACAACUUCCAGAUAUUUGACUUUGCUCUCACGGAGGAGGAAAUGAAAGCCAUUGAAGCACUCAACAAAAAUAUCCGCUUUGUGGAGCUGAAGAUGUGGAGUGACCAUCCAGAGUAUCCCUUCCAUGAUGAUUAUUAGUUUGAAUUUCUAACUAGAAAUAAAAGUUUCUCUAUUGAACGGAAAGGGUUGUUUCCCACAAUGAAUGAAAAGAACAACCAGAAAAGUUUUGAAUUAUGUGACGUAACAAAACGAGGAUUGUAAUAAUUUUGUUUUUAGAAUUUCCAAGAAUGAGUAAAAAUCACGCAACAGCAGCAAUGAUGAAUAUAAUUAAAAUGAGGUUAAAACAUUUUUUUUUCUGGUUUACAAGAAAGUGUCGAGUGUCGAGCUACGUUCACACUGCCCUCAGCAAAGCGCAUUCAAGUGACCACUUCCAAUGAAAAGCCUAUGGGUCGAUCUUUCGCAUUGAAAUCAUGUUCACUUGCAGUUACACAAGUUUCUAUAACCGUUUUUGGAUUCUAUGAGUGGCCAUUGAACACCUGUUAAACCAAAGUUAAACCAGGUUGAACUUUGACCAAUCAGGGAAUCGGAUUUGGUAGUGACAUAUGCAUGGAGUCUCUUUUAACUCACAGAAGUCUAAACCAUUCGAAAAUUGAUCAUGGAGGAGAAAUUAAGAAUUGCAUUUUGAUUAAUAGCACUGUGAAGAAAAGGGAGAUUUGCACCACUUUGAUAUUUUGCACCAAGCAGUGGAUGGUAGCUAGUAAACACUAGAAAAAGAAAAAGAGGAAGAAGCCCCUCCUUGCUUGUCCAGUGUGAACACAAUGAACUAAACAUAGCAUAUUCUGUAAAUUCCAGUCAUUUUGUGUAAAGUGUGUGGUUAUACAUUUAAAUUUGUGAGGCGGCUCGGUAACACUAAGGAGGACAGCGAAAUCUGUCGCUACCCAAUCUGUAACGGCUACCCGAUCGGCUCCAUCAUUCGCAAAUGCAACGCCACUUCCUCACCAACAUUGCGACAGUUAAGAAACGUGAAUUAGACUAGCUCCUGUAAUACACACAGUUUUAUAUUGUUUGUUGUCCCAACUUGUAAUUCAUUAAUAAAAAAUAAAAAAAUUAGCUUCCAGUAUUUAAAUGUAUGUUUUCCUUAAAAUUGGAGGGUUUACCAACUGAAUUACAGCACUGUACUUAAAAAAGCGUCGCCUAACUGCAACAUUGUAAAAUUUUAUGUUGUUGUCAUUACAGACAAUGAUGAUCUCAAUGAUGCAUUAUAAAAUGACAGCCUCAUGGUUUGAAGUCA